AGUAAAGGUGGUAAAAGCCUCGUCGUGAUUGGAUCAGUCAUAGUUGUUUCGUCAUUGCGUCCUUCAGUGUCAUUGUUUGUGUUUCGGUUAAUAUUAAAUACAAAUUUUUGUUCUAAAGAUGGAUAAUUUCGACGAUAAAGAUCAUUGUGACUCAAGUAUGGCGGCAUCGGAGACAAGCUUAUACGAAGACGGACCGUCGGCCGAAAAACGGCUAAAAUUCGACGACUGUGAGAGUGAUUCCACGUUCCCAUCGGUUUGUAACGAAAUGCAGCACGCUAUAUUCAGAUUCCAAGAGGGCGCGCGUGGUCCAAUAUUCGAGACUAACCCAAACCAGCAAAUGCCCGUAGCGGAGUACUCGGAAAUAUCUUCGGCCAGUGAAGGUUACCGAACUCCGUCACCAGACUUCACGCCUAACGCAAGUCACACUUCUUCGCCGGUGCCCUCUGGAAAUCCACUAUCGCGCAGUUGCUCUGUUAUAAUGCGGCCAACAAAAAUUACGUCAACGGAACUGAUUCCAUCGGAGGAAGGCGAACACAACUAUGCCGUUCAUUCCCCACCGAGCUGUGGUACCAUGAGUGGAACCGAAGGCUCUCCCCCAGCCAUGGGACUUGCUAAUCACACUGUUGAUUCUGGUAAUGCCACACUAGCUCUAGUCGAGGAACCACUUUGUGUGGCCAAUUGGAUCGAACCGUAUGAAAUGGAGGAAAGGUUGGAUGCUAAUCCACUGGUACGGGAAUUGAGGAUAUUGGUGGAACGGUCAAACAAACGAAGGGAGCGUUAUAUGAUUGCUCGCAUGGGCGAACUACCGACCUCUUUGGAUUACAACCCAAACAAAUCACGACUUCGGAAAGUAUAUGCUGAUCCUAUGAUAGCCGCUGAACGAGAGCGAAAUAACUUGGCAUCGCGUAAAUCACGUUUUAAGAAAAAAAUAACCCAACAGAUUACCAAUCUAUAUUUGGAGUACAAUCGUAACGAGAAUGGAAUACUUAUGGCAGUUAUGUGCUGGAUGAAAUUAGUUCUCAAUGAUCUAGAAAAGGAAAUAAUCAAUAGAGGCAUCACUGAGCAGGGUUUAGCACAACUACGACGGCAAUGCGGUUAUCAACCGAUAAUGUACGAAUAGCUGUGAUAGUAUAUAACAAAAGUCACGUUUAGCAUAAGUUUGGUAAACUAAGAUAUGUACUCCAUUCGUACAAGUUUCAGAAAUUAUCUCAACUACUGUCCUUGAUUCAAAACUAUGUGAAUCAGCGUAAAUUUUAAGCACCAAAUCUGAAUCUUAAAUUAUCUUUAUCGAUUAUGAAAAGAACA